AUGUCUCGCCGGCGAAUUGGCUAUGAAUAUAGGAGGAUACCACAGGAAGAAGUCUUCUCGCGGGAUUCAGUUGAUGGAUUUACGCCAGAGCAAUUCCUUAAGCCACCGCAGAAGAUCCCAUGGAAGGCCAUAAUUUUUUCAACAUUCCUCUGCAUCACAGGAGCGAUUUCACUGGUUUUUGGCAUCCUCAUUGCCAUUGGACAUAUUCACGAGAAAUACCUCGACCGGCAGCUGCCGCUAUUCAUUCUGGGAUCGAUAAUGUUCAUCCCUGGCUGUUACCAUGUGACUGUGGCAUAUAGGGCCUUUAUGAGACAUCCUGGGUACUCGUUCGAGGACAUACCUGAUUUUGAUUGA